GGCAGAGAGAAAUGGUUGUGAAAGUUGCUUCGACCUGCUUGCAAUGGUCGCAGUCGAUCGUUCCUCACUCGACGCCGUCAUCUCAAGCGCUAGCCUUCUCAAUCGCUUCUCCUUCCUCAAAACGACGUAACAGAGGCGGCGGUGGAGGUCAGUUAUGUCUCUACGUUCACAGCUUGAGCCGGUCGGCGUUGUUCGGUGCGCCGUCGACGAAGCUGAGCCGGUCCCGGUCCUGCGGCUACCAGAAGCCGAGAUUCCGGUCCAUUAGACGAGCUUGCAGUGCCAGUCUGGACGCCUUCUCAGACGAAGAGUUCUCGAAGAAGAUUCAAGAGCUCGCUCUCAGAUUCCAGCUCUCCGACAAUUUUGACGGCGAAGAUGACUUUAACGUUGACCGAAACGCCUCGGAUUCGGAACCGGAGGCGGCGAAUUCUGAUGACAAUCACGGCGUCAAGCCACCGUGGCUGACCGAUUGGCAGCGGAGGGACGAGAUUGUGGCGGAGGUUAGCAUCGAGCGGAAGGCAAACAGCGUCGACCUUCCGCUCUCUCUCCGAAUCAUCAAGCGGAAGAUGCAGUGGCAGGAGGGUUUCCGAGAAGCAGGGGAAUCUGCGUGCUGCUCUGUAAAAAAGGCCUUCUCUUCCAUGGUGUUCAUAAUCCGAGAGCUCCAUAGCUACACGUUGCAGAUGAGAGAGAUUCUCUUCUUCGAAGAUUUGCAGGGGAUUUUAAGCAGGGUGCAGAAGGAGAUGCAAGCUUCGUUCGUCUGGCUAUUUCAACAGGUCUUCUCUCAGACGCCGACUCUAAUGGUGUAUGUAAUGAUCCUCUUGGCAAAUUUUACUGUCUACUCAUUAGGCCACAACGCCGCCAUUGCGGCUGCUCCGCCGAUUGGGUUGUACGCCAGUGCAGCAGAGACUAUUUCAAUGGAAGAAGUUCACACUGAGAACGAUAAAUUGGAUAACCCCCAAUAUGAUUCUUCCACAAGUAAGUCGUUUUCAGUGAGCGGCAACAGCAAGACGACAUCUGUAGGCGGAAACAAUGGCGGUGGAGGGAAGGUCCGACCGGUAGGUAGCGGCACAGACGGUGACGGCCGGUUUGACCGGUCAGACCAGUACCGGACAAUAGUCCCCGACGGGGCAUCCCAAUUGUCCUCAUUCGGGACAACCAGAGAAGCAGAGUCGGUUUCGGGGCAAGAGAGCAGGGAGGAGGAGCUGGCUCUGUGGAAUUCAGUAGUGGAAGAAGCUCAUCAAAUGCGGGGCGUACAAGAAUCUCUGGAUCACGAAACGAUGCAGAGAUUUGUUUCGCCGGUGACGGCGAAUAUCGAGGCGGAUGAUUACGCCGAGUACUUCAGAACUGAGCUUCUUUACCGAACGGAACUGUCCAUGGAGCCUAGCAACGCUCUGCUUCUUGCUAAUUACGCGCAGUUCCUCUACCUAGUUGCUCAUGAUUAUGACAGAGCUGAAGAGUACUUUAAAAAAGCCGUACGGGUGCAACCGCCGGACGCGGAGGUGUACAACAAAUACGCGACGUUUCUGUGGAGGGCUCGGAACGACUUGUGGGCGGCAGAGGAGACGUUCUUGGAAGCCAUCUCGGCUGACCCAAGCAACUCCUUCUACGCCGCUAACUAUGCUCAUUUUUUGUGGAAUACCGGUGGUGAGGAAACUUGCUUCCCUCUCAACUCCGCAGAGACUAAUGACAUCGAGAUGCAUAGUAAAUAAAAAGAAGAAAAAAAAAAUCCAAUCAAUAAAAGAAAAAAGGGGCACAAAAGAGAUACCAAGAACAGCAAGCAGUAGACUUAUGUAACGGAAUUCAUUGGGACAUUAUUCUAAGUCAAAUGCAUGGUAGUGCGUAUUAGCUUGGGAUUUGUUACAUUAGCAUUUCCAAUGUAAGUAAGUUUCUAUCUACAACGCCAACAAGCGGAGCCGGCACCUUCCUUAAUUUUCCCAAUUUUACUCGGAAUAUGGUAUUAGAAAACCUAAAAAGAAAAAGGAAAACACAGAAGCGAGAGGUACUGUAUUUUUAUAUUUGUUUGUUGAUUCCUCAAGUUUUGGUGGGGUGUGGGAAAAUGGGGUGGUGGCGUUUGGGGCGGAGGGCAAGCACGGGACGGCGGACGCAGUCACAUGCGCGGCAAAACGUCAGCAACAAUUGCAGUGUGUUUGCCUGAUGCGCGGAAGUGGUUUGCUUGUGCACAGAUUAUCGUGUCCAUUUUGUUAAUUAUAUAUUUUUUGGUUGGCACAAUCACAUGGCAAAAGUGUAAUUAGCGUCCUUGUUAAUAUAUGCCAUUUUGAAGUUUA